AUGGCCGCAGCACUUGUUUCUUUCAUCUUGGGGCAACUAGCGACUAUCACUUUUGAGACUGCGUGGCAAGAGCUGAAGCUGGUGAUAGGCGUUGAGGAAGAAGUCAGAAAGCUUCAAAGCAAUUUUGAGGUCAUCCAGGAAGUGGUUGAAGAUGCUGAGGUAAAGCAAGUUAUGGACAAAAGUGUAAAGAGAUGGAUAGAUAAGCUCAAAGAUGUAGCGUAUGACAUGGAGGACGUGCUUGAUGAGUGGACUACUGCACUUUCCAAAUUAAAGCCAGAUGAAGCUGAAAGUGCUUCGGUCCCCAAGAAGAAGGUACGUCUUUCACGGUUACCUUUUAAUUUGGGUGGUCAAGUUGUUAGGGGGUAUGACAUCGGUGAUAAAAUACGAAGAAUCAAUGUAGAGUUGGAUGAAAUUGCUAGAGAGAAAGAUAGAAACCAUUUUGCUAGAAGUGAAAUUACACAACCUCGACGAUUAGAAAGAACCACGGCCUAUGUUGAUGUCUCUGAGAUCAAAGGUCGAAAUGAUGUUAGAGACAACAUAGUGAGCAAAUUGACCAGCGAUGAAGGAUCCAUUCAGACCGUCUCUAUAAUAGGGAUGUGUGGGAUCGGGAAAACUGCUCUUGCUCAAUUGGUGGUUAAUCAUGUUAAAGGUCAAAACUCCUUUGACGAUGUAGUUUGGGUUUGUGUUUCGGACUUUUUUGAUCAGAUCAAAAUUGCAAGAGAGAUUUUAGAAGGCCUUGGAUGUGGUUCAUCUCGAGAUUUAAUUUCACUACAAGGCCUGUUGGACAAUAUUGCUGAGAAAGUCAGGGAUAGAAAAGUUUUUAUUGUCUUCGACGACGUCUGGACAGAGCGUGAAGCAGAUUGGGAAGCACUAAGAGCUGCUCUGCAACAUUGCAAGCAUGGAAUUAGGAUUUUGGUGACUACUCGAAAAGAAUCGGUGGUCAAGGUGAUUAGAUCAUCUCAUGUGUUUCGUUUAGAACUGUUGUCAGACGAGAUAUGUUGGGAGAUUCUUAAAUCAAAAGCAUUUUUUGGAAGGGGGGAGAGUGAGCGUAGAGAUCUAGAGGAUGUUGGGAUGAGAAUUGCAAAAAAGUGUAAAGGUUUGGCGCUUGCUGCAAAAGAAUUAGGAAGUUUGCUACGACAAAAAAGGAGGAGAGUGGAAUGGGAAAGAGUGUUGAAUAGUGGGUUUUGGGAAUUAGAGAUAGCAGAAGAAUAUAUUUUCAGACCUCUAUUGUUGAGUUACUAUGAUUUACCCUCAACAAUAAGACGAUGCUUGUUAUAUUGUGCUAUAUUUCCCAAGGAUUAUGUGAUGGGGAAAGAUGAAUUGAUUGUGCACUGGAAGAUGCAAGGCUUUUUGAACUCUGUCGACGACGAUUCGGAGAUGGAGUUGAAAGGUGAAGAAUACUUUGAGUACUUGGCAGAUCGUUCCCUCUUUCAAGAUUUGGAAAGGGAUGAUUAUGGCAACAUAUUUGUAGGUAAGAUGCAUGACUUAGUACAUGACUGUCUCCUGUUUAUGACAAAAGAUGAGAUUGUGACGAAGGAGGUUGAUUCGAAAGAAACUUGGAACCUGGAUUUAGUUUCCAAAAGAGCUCGUCAUUCAAGUAUAAAAAUCAGCCAACCCAACUCAUUUCCUAUUUGUAUAAACGGAGUAGAAAAAUUGAGGACUCUUAUCACAAUCGGCGAAAGCUAUGAUGUCACCUCUGAAGGCUUAAAGAAGUUAUUCAGUGAAGCCAAAUGCCUGAGAUUAUUGGAUUUUCAGUUGCCGAGAAUCAGAAAAGUUUCUGAAGAAAUCCAAGUUCCAGAAGAAAUAGGCAACUUAAUUCACUUGAGAUAUCUCACUUUUCUUUCUUAUCAGAGUCUGGAAUUGCCUGAAUCAGUUUGUGAUCUGCGAAAUUUGGAAUACUUGAAUAUCGUCAACUGUAGUGAACUACCCAAAGAGAUGGAGAAGUUGAUCAACUUGAAGUAUCUUUAUACUCGUGACUGUAAUAGGCUAAGCCAUUAUCCUAAAGGGAUUGGGAGAUUAACAAGUCUUCAGAGAUUAGAUCGAAUCAUUGCUAGAGUCGACUGCAAUCAUACUAAAGACUUCAGUGUUGGAGAUUUUCAAAACUUGGAUCUGCUGCGCGGAGACCUUUGGUUAGAAUUGGAAGGAAACUGGAUAAAUAUAGAAGAAGUUGAGAGAGCUAAGCUUCACAAAAAGAUACAUCUCAUGGAAUUGAGGGUGGUUUUUAGGAGUAAUAAUGCAGGACAUGAAAUGAAGGAUAAUUUCAUUAAGGCUUUGAACCCACGUCCCAACUUUCACAUCCACUUUUUUGGUAUUUAA